AUGGGUAAAUCUUUUUGGAAACACGAAGAUCCCGCCCACAAGGACGAAACAGGAUUCCCAUCCAUAUUGACAUGUCCCAAAGGUCAUAAUAACUAUGGGACUGCUGGUGACCUUUCGCGUGAAACAACAACGCUUGGCUGCCCAUCACCCCUUGCACAACUUGUAUCAGUUAUGUUAUCCAUGUCAAAGCGGCGGAUUGACUUCGCAGCUAGCCCACAGACCGCUUGUCCCAAGUUUGAACUUGUCCUGUCAUCGCCGCAGCAUCCCCUAUUCUUCCGUCCGCUCGCUCCCGAACCCCGACCAGUAUUCCAUGCCAGCCUUACAAGCAGAGCAAUCGCGGCAGCAACCACUAGAAUGGGAAAUACAAGUCCUGUGUAG